AUGGGGGGCAAGUCGGCUAUCAAGACCGCUUACUUCGAGAAGCUCAAGAGCCUUCUUGAUGAGUACAAGACGGUCUUCAUUGUCGGUAUCGACAAUGUCAGCUCGCAGCAGAUGCACGAGAUUCGUCUGAGUCUCCGUGGUGAGGGCGUUGUCUUGAUGGGUAAGAACACCAUGGUUCGCCGUGCCAUCAAGGGCUUCGUUGCCGAGAACCCGGAGUACGAGCGUCUGCUUCCCUUCGUUAAGGGCAACGUUGGUUUCAUCUUCACCAACGGUGACCUCAAGGAGACCCGUACCAAGAUCCUCGCCAACCGUGUGGCUGCCCCUGCUCGUGCUGGUGCUGUUGCCCCUGGCGAUGUCUGGAUUCCUGCCGGUAACACUGGUAUGGAACCGGGUAAGACCUCUUUCUUCCAGGCUCUCGGUGUCCCCACCAAGAUUGCUCGUGGUACCAUUGAAAUUACCUCGGACCUCAAGCUCGUUGAGGCUGGCACCAAGGUCGGACCCUCUGAGGCUUCGCUCCUUAACUUGCUGAACAUCUCGCCCUUCACCUACGGUAUGACCGUCGCCCAGGUGUACGACAACGGCCAGACCUUCAGCUCAGACAUCCUCGACAUUGAGGAGGACCAGCUCCUCAAGACUCUGUCCUCGGCCAUCCAGCGUAUUGCUACCAUCUCUCUGGCCACCAACUACCCCACCCUUCCCUCGGUCAUGCACUCUCUUGUCAACGGCUACAAGAAGGUUCUCUCUGUUGCCGUCGAGACUGAGUACAGCUGGCCCGAGAUUGAGCAGCUCAAGGACCGCAUUGCCAACCCUGACGCCUAUGCCGCUGCCGCUCCCGCUGCCGCCGCUCCCUCUGGCGGUGACGCCCCUGCCGCCGAGGAGAAGAAGGAGGAGGAAGAGGAGUCUGACGAGGACAUGGGCUUCGGUCUUUUCGACUAA